CGUGUCCCCCCCCCUCCAGCUCGCGCCGCGCGCCUCGCCUCAGCGCCCCUCACCUGACGGCCGGCCGGCGCGCGCGCGCGGCCCUCGGCAUGCGCUGCCUCGCGGCCGGGGCUCUCCUCACGCCCGUGGGCUAAGGCGGCCGCGGCGGCCCCCGGACGCGCCAUGCACCUGCCGGGCGCGGCGUAGAGGACGCGGCGCUGCCGAGCGGGCGGCCCCGGCGGGCGGGUGGGCGCCCCGACAUGGCGGCCCGCAGCGCCCCGGGCUGCCACCUGCGGCUCGAGUGGGUGUACGGCUACCGGGGCCACCAGUGCCGCAACAACCUCUACUACACGGCGGCCAAGGAGAUCGUGUACUUCGUGGCGGGCGUCGGCGUGGUGUACAGCCCGCGGGAGCACCGGCAGAAGUUCUACCGGGGCCACAGCGACGACAUCAUCAGCCUUGCAUUGCAUCCUGAGAGAGUAUUGGUAGCAACAGGACAAGUUGGGAAGGAGCCUUAUAUCUGUGUUUGGGAUUCAUAUACUGUGCAGACCAUAUCAGUUCUAAAGGAUAUUCAUACACAUGGUGUAGCUUGCUUAGCUUUCGACUUAGAUGGACAGCGCUUGGUGUCAGUGGGACUUGAUUCAAAAAAUGCGGUUUGUGUUUGGGAUUGGAAAAGAGGGAAAAUGUUAUCUAUGGCUCCUGGUCACACAGAUAGAAUAUUUGAUAUUUCUUGGGAUUUGUACCAGCCAAAUAAACUUGUCAGCUGUGGUGUAAAGCAUAUAAAGUUUUGGAGUUUAUGUGGAAAUGCUCUAACCCCAAAACGUGGGGUCUUUGGUAAGACUGGUGACCUUCAGACCAUACUUUGCCUGGCCUGUGCAAGAGAUGAAUUAACAUAUUCUGGUGCACUGAAUGGGGAUAUAUAUGUUUGGAAAGGAAUCAAUCUUAUACGAACUAUACAGGGAGCCCAUACAGCAGGAAUAUUUAGCAUGAAUGCUUGUGAAGAAGGCUUUGCUACUGGUGGUAGAGAUGGCUGUAUUCGUCUUUGGGAUUUAACUUUUAAGCCAAUUACUGUGAUUGAUCUCAGGGAAACAGAUCAGGGAUAUAAAGGUUUAUCUGUAAGGAGUGUUUGUUGGCGAGGUGACCACAUUCUAGUGGGAACACAGGACAGUGAAAUUUUUGAAAUUGUGGUGCAUGAAAGAAAUAAACCUUUCCUGAUUAUGCAAGGGCAUUGUGAAGGUGAACUUUGGGCACUUGCCAUUCAUCCGACUAAACCCUUGGCAGUGACUGGAAGUGAUGAUCGUUCAGUAAGGAUAUGGAGCCUAGUAGAUCAUGCACUAAUAGCAAGGUGUAAUAUGGAAGAACCAAUUCGUUGUGCAGCUGUAAAUGUAGAUGGAAUCCAUCUUGCUCUUGGAAUGAAGGAUGGCUCAUUCACUGUACUUAGAGUAAGAGACAUGACAGAAGUUGUACAUAUUAAAGAUAGGAAAGAAGCAAUUCAUGAGUUAAAAUAUUCACCAGACGGAACUUACCUUGCUGUUGGAUGCAAUGAUAGCUCAGUUGAUAUUUAUGGAGUUGCUCAGCGUUAUAAAAAAUGUGGGGAGUGUGUUGGAUCACUUAGUUUCAUCACUCAUCUGGACUGGUCCUCAGACAGUAAAUAUUUACAAACUAAUGAUGGAAAUGGUAAAAGACUUUUUUAUAGGAUGCCAGGAGGAAAAGAAGUGACCAAUAAAGAAGAAAUGAAAGCUGUUCAUUGGGCUUCGUGGACAUGUGUCUCAGGCCUUGAAGUAAAUGGAAUUUGGCCCAAGUAUUCAGAAAUCAAUGAUAUAAAUUCAGUAGAUGGAAACUAUGUUGGCCAAGUUUUAGUUACAGCUGAUGACUAUGGAAUUGUAAAAUUAUUUCGAUAUCCUUGUUUAAGAAAAGGAGCCAAGUUUAAAAAAUAUAUUGGCCAUUCAGCUCAUGUAACUAAUGUCAGAUGGUCACAUGAUCAUCAGUGGGUUAUUUCUAUUGGUGGAGCAGAUCACUCUGUCUUUCAGUGGAAAUUUAUUCCAGAGAGAAAACUAAAAGAUGCUCUUCACAUAGCACCCCAAGAGAGUCUGGCUGAUUCCAAUAGUGAUGAAUCAGAUUCAGAUCUGUCUGAUGUUCCAGAAUUGGAUUCUGAAAUUGAACAAGAAACACAGCUCACCUACCGUCGGCAGGUUUACAAAGAAGAUCUACCUCAGCUUAAAGAGCAAUACAAAGAAAAACAAAAAGAUGGCACUUUUAAAAGAAGAGACCGGGCUCCAGGAAAUAGUAUUCGAUUGCACUUUAUUCAUGGUUACAGAGGUUAUGAUUGUCGAAGUAAUCUGUUUUAUACUCAAAUUGGUGAAAUUGUAUACCAUGUGGCAGCAGUGGGUGUCAUUUAUAAUCGACAGCAAAAUACGCAGCGCUUUUACCUGGGUCAUGAUGAUGAUAUUCUCUGCCUGGCUAUUCAUCCUUUGAAAGACUAUGUGGCAACAGGCCAGGUAGGUAGGGAUCCCUCAAUUCACGUGUGGGAUACAGAGACCGUUAAACCAUUGUCAAUAUUAAAGGGCUACCAUCAGUGUGGCAUCUGUGCUGUUGAUUUCUCAGCUGAUGGGAAACGUUUGACUUCAGUUGGAAUAGAUGAUAGCCACAGCAUUGUACUGUGGGACUGGAGGAAAGGAGAGAAGCUCUCAGUAACAAGAGGAAGUAAAGAUAAAAUUUUUGUUGUAAAGAUGAAUCCUUAUGUGCCUGAUAAAUUAAUUACAGCUGGAAUUAAACACAUGAAGUUUUGGCGUAGAGCAGGAGGAGGAUUGAUUGGAAGAAAAGGCUAUGUUGGCACAUUGGGGAAAAAUGACACAAUGAUGUGUGCAGUGUAUGGGUGGACUGAGGAGAUGGCUUUUUCUGGAACAUCCACAGGAGAUGUGUGUGUAUGGAGAGAUAUCUUCCUUGUAAAAACAGUUAAAGCACAUGAUGGACCAGUGUUCACUAUGCAUGCCCUGGAAAAAGGAUUUGUGACUGGAGGAAAAGAUGGUGUAGUAGCUCUUUGGGAUGACUCCUUUGAAAGAUGUCUCAAAACCUAUGCUAUUAAAAGAGCUGCUUUGGCCCCAGGGUCUAAAGGUCUUCUCCUAGAAGAUAACCCAUCUAUACGUGCCAUAUCAUUAGGACAUGGUCAUAUUUUGGUUGGCACAAAGAAUGGUGAAAUAUUAGAAGUGGAUAAAAGUGGCCCAGUAACACUCCUGGUUCAGGGUCACAUGGAAGGUGAGGUGUGGGGCUUGGCUACACAUCCUUAUCUGCCCAUCUGUGCAACUGUAAGUGAUGAUAAAACCUUAAGAAUAUGGGAUCUCUCUCCUAGUCACUGUAUGUUGGCUGUCCGGAAACUGAAAAAGGGUGGGAGAUGCUGCUGUUUUUCUCCCGAUGGAAAAGCUUUAGCUGUAGGUCUUAAUGAUGGAAGUUUCUUAAUAGCAAAUGCAGAUACUCUGGAGGAUCUUGUGUCCUUCCAUCACAGAAAAGAUAUAAUUUCAGAUAUUCGUUUUUCACCGGGUUCUGGAAAAUACCUUGCUGUAGCAUCCCAUGAUAGCUUCAUAGACAUAUACAACGUGAUGAGUAGUAAACGAGUAGGAAUAUGCAAAGGUGCUACCAGUUACAUAACCCACAUAGAUUGGGAUGUUAAAGGAAAGCUUCUACAAGUCAAUACUGGUGCUAAAGAACAAUUAUUCUUCGAAGCUCCUAGAGGGAAAAAACAAACCAUCCCCAGUGUGGAGGUGGAAAAAAUUAGUUGGGCAUCAUGGACAAGUGUACUUGGCUUGUGCUGUGAGGGGAUCUGGCCAGUAAUUGGAGAAGUCACAGAUGUAACUGCCUCUUGCCUCACCAGUGACAAAACAGUCCUUGCUACUGGAGAUGACUUGGGAUUUGUGAAAUUGUUUAGAUAUCCUGCUAAAGGAAAAUUUGGGAAGUUUAAGAGGUAUGUGGCCCACAGCACACAUGUCACAAAUGUUCGCUGGACUUACGAUGACAGCAUGCUGGUUACCUUAGGAGGCACAGAUAUGUCUUUGAUGGUUUGGACAAAUGAAAUAGAGGGCUAUCGAGAAAAAAGGUCUUGUGAUAGUGAAGAAUCCGAUAUAGAUUCUGAAGAAGAUGGAGGCUAUGACAGUGAUGUUACAAGGGAAAAUGAAAUCAUUUAUACAAUCAGAGCCUUAUCAACAAAUAUUCGCCCAAUGUUUGGAAUCAAACCUCAUUUGCAACAAAAAGAACCCUCAAGUGAUGAGAGGCAGGGGGUAGUGAGAGGUUCCAGGCCCCCUGUGAGCAGGGCCCCGCCGCAGCCUGAGAAACUCCAGACAAAUAAUGUUGGCAAGAAAAAGCGACCCAUCGAGGACCUUGUGUUGGAGCUUGUUUUUGGCUACCGAGGCAGGGACUGUAGGAAUAAUGUUCACUAUUUAAAUGAUGGUGAUGAUAUCAUAUAUCACACUGCAUCCGUUGGAAUCCUGCACAAUGUUGCUACAGGGACACAGAGUUUUUAUCAAGAACAUAAUGAUGAUAUUCUGUGCCUCACUGUAAAUCAACACCCCAAAUUUAUCAACGUGGUAGCAACUGGCCAAGUAGGUGACUCUGCAGACAUGUCAGCUACAGCUCCUUCUAUCCACAUCUGGGAUGCCAUCAACAAGCAGACCCUUUCGGUCCUCAGAUGCUACCAUUCAAAGGGGGUGUGUUCAGUCAGCUUCAGUGCCACUGGGAAACUCUUGCUGUCUGUGGGGCUAGACCCAGAACAUACUGUCACCAUCUGGAGAUGGCAGGAAGGUGCCAAAAUUGCCAGCAGAGCUGGUCACAACCAGCGUAUUUUUGUGGCAGAAUUCCGACCGGAUUCAGAUUCCCAGUUUGUCUCUGUGGGAGUGAAACAUGUGAAGUUCUGGACACUGGCAGGAAGGGCUCUGCUGAGCAGAAAGGGGAUACUGAGCACCCUGGAAGAUGCCCGGAUGCAGACCAUGCUGGCUGUUGCAUUUGGUGCAAAUAACUUGACGUUUACAGGUACCAUCAGUGGAGAUGUCUGUGUGUGGAAAGAUCACAUACUCUGUAGGAUCGUAGCCAGAGCUCACAGCGGGCCUGUGUUUGCCAUGUACACCACCCUUCGAGAUGGACUCAUUGUGACUGGAGGCAAGGAAAGGCCGUCCAAAGAAGGAGGAGCAGUCAAACUGUGGGACCAAGAACUGAGGCGCUGCCGUGCUUUCAGGCUGGAGACAGGACAAGUCACAGAUUGUGUUCGCUCUGUUUGCAGAGGAAAAGGCAAGAUACUGGUUGGAACAAGGAAUGCUGAAAUUAUCGAAGUUGGAGAGAAAAAUGCAGCAUGUAAUAUUUUAGUUAACGGUCAUGUGGAUGGACCAAUAUGGGGACUGGCAACACAUCCCUCCAGGGAUUUUUUUCUUUCUGCUGCAGAAGACGGGACAGUGAGACUCUGGGAUAUCACUGAUAAAAAGAUGUCAAACAAAGUGAAUUUGGGACAUGCUGCUCGUACGGUAUGUUAUAGCCCUGAAGGGGACAUGGUGGCUAUUGGAAUGAAAAAUGGAGAAUUUAUUAUUUUACUGGUGAGCUCUCUGAAAAUAUGGGGAAAGAAGAGAGACAGGCGAUGUAUAAUCCACGAUAUCAGAUUUAGCCCGGAUUCCCGAUUUCUGGCAGUGGGUUCUGGAGAGAACUCAGUGGAUUUUUAUGACCUAACAUUAGGCCCCACCCUUAACAGAAUUAGCUACUGCAAAGACAUUCCAAGCUUUGUUAUUCAGAUGGACUUUUCUGCAGAUAGCAGGUUUCUCCAGGUCUCCACUGGUUGCUAUAAGCGGCAUGUCUAUGAAGUGCCUUCAGGAAAACAUCUUCUGGAUCAAGCUGCCAUUGACAAGAUAACUUGGGCCACAUGGACUAGCAUUCUAGGAGAUGAAGUUCUAGGGAUCUGGUCCAGACACUCUGAUAAAGCAGACGUCAACUGUGCCUGUGUGUCCCAUUCAGGAAUCAACCUUGUCACAGGAGAUGACUUUGGCAUGGUUAAGUUAUUUGACUUCCCGUGUUCUGAAAAAUUUGCAAAGCAUAAAAGGUUCUUGGGCCAUUCUCCCCAUGUGACAAACAUUCGCUUUACCACUGGUGACCGACACGUGAUCAGUGCUGGAGGGGAUGACUGCAGUUUAUUUGUCUGGAAAUGUGUACAUAUGCCUCACUGAAAGAGACAGAUGCCGAGAAGACUACAUAAAUAACCUUGGAAGACCAGUUAAGAAGAGGAGAAAAAAAAAAACCCAGAACCAAACCCUUCAUGGUCCAGUGGUGCUAAUUUCAGAUUGUAAUGGGGAUAAAUGCCCAGAACCCAAAAUAGCAGGAGUAGAACUGAAACAUUAAUAAUGCUGGCCAUAAGCAAUGGACAACUCUCCAUAACCUAUACACUGCCAGAAUUAUUUUCCAAGAAAGAUCAAAUAUUUGGUAAAAGCCAACACCCAUGUUUCUGGGGAGUGUUGUGCAAGUUUGGCCAGCUCACUGGGGAGAUUAAAAGGAUAAGCACUCCUCAAAAAACCAAAACCUUAAAAUCCCAACUUGGGCAAUUUUUAUCUUGUUAGCAUAAGUUUUUUUUUAGUAGCAUUUAUAUCCUUCUGUCAAGGCUUAUCAUGGUUUAUCCUUCUGUUUACAUAAGGAAAAGAAAGAUACCAUCACCCUGCCCUAAAGGAUCAUAGUCCUAAAAGGCAAACAUUUUCACUAAAGAGACAUGAGCAAGCUUGACUAGAGAAUAUAAUGCUGAUGCAUUUAUAAAGGCCUUUCUCCAAAGGACAUUUCUCCUGGCCAUUUUAAUUCAGGAGCAGACAUGGUCACUACCUUUUCAUUUUUGAGCUAUCUUUUUAUGUUUGAAUGUUCAGUCAUCUCUAUGAUUGAAAAAUUAAAAUAAGACUGUAGCUCAAUAAUGGACAAGUAUGAGGAGCUGUUUUCAGUGGUGUAGUUUUUUAAGGUUUUAGAUAGCAAUAGUAUUUCAAAUAUGGUCUUAACAUAUUUUUGUUCAACAUGCAACUUGAAUUAAAAUUUCAUAGAUUUUCUUUUUCUAUUGGGAAAUUUUAGAUGUAGGCCACCCCGUAGGCUGACUUCCAAAAUGAGUGAGUCAGGUCUGCUUAUAAGGUUUGAUAAAAUUUCUUUCUGGUGGAUCAGGGCUGAACUCUUAGAUUCUUAUUUCUCUUCACUUUAAAUGCUGCCAAAGAUCAGUACUUGCCAUUCAGGAAUUUGCUAUUUAUUUAGCCUAUCUGUAGUCUCCUGAAGACUGAAAAUUAUGUAGACUGCUAUUUUAAAAUAUAUUUUUCUAAAUGUGAAAGUUGAUGCUCUUCUAUAGGUCCUAAAUUUUAUUUUAAUGCAUUAUCUUUGUAGCAUAACAAACCCUUCAUAUUUGUUAAAAAAAAAAGUUUUGACAAGGCACACUGGUUCCUGUAUCUAUUUUCUAUGUCUAACAUCUUGUAAGUAUUACAAACAGAAGUAGCUGGAUUGUAUUGUAUCACAUUCUAAUCGGUGACUAAUCUUGGUCAGUUUUAUGAUUCUGGGUAAUUAAGGAUUUAAGCAGCAUGAAAUAUAAGAUGGUAUUCUUUAAUUAUGGAUUCUCUAAAAUUAAGCCAACUUUCAGAAUUCAAGAUUACAUAUCUAUUCACAUAAAGGGUCCGUCAUUAAGGAAAAUGUCCCCCUGAACUACUCUCAGUUUAUUUGCAGGUUUUCUUUCUGGGUCAAGUUUGCCAGCUUCUGCUAAAGAUAUUCCAUUUCCAUUACCGUACAGGUAGAAACUCUGUAACUAUAAGACAGUAAGGGAUUAUAAUAGCCCCCACUGCGUUUUUUGUUCUUCCAAGUGGCCAACUGAUAAAUCCAGCCUUAACCACUGUUGAUAGGUUCACAACUAAAAGUCAUGCUGGUUUUAAGCUGCUAGGUUACCAACAUUUUUUUUAAAAAGUUAUUAAAUGUGAGAGGCCAUAUAGAUUCUACCCUAUAUUUUUUUAGCCCAUAUAAUUAUUUUUGUGUAUGGUAUUUGAGUAAGCUCCACUAUUUGUAACCUGAGACUUCUGGCGCCUUUAGCCCCACUCUGUAUAUAAAUAAAUGCAUGCCAAAGCACACUGGUGCCACCCGUUGUGUGCAGUCAGCCACAUCCAUUUGUUCCCUUCCUUCUCAUGGUGGUUCAUUUCAAAGUAAGUCAACUUCACCCUGCUUAUUAACCAUAACUGAAAAAUAAGAUCAAACCUAAAUGUGUUUUCCAGGCAAUGUCUAAUUGGGGAGGCAGGGGUGGGGUGGGGGUUCAGAUUUAAGCAUGUUAUUUCUGGUAAAGUGGCUGAACUAUAUGUAAGCUCUUAUUUCCCGUUGAUCUUCUGUAACUACAUACUAUUUACAUAACAAUACCAAAAAAAGUCAGAUUCUGGAAAUAGAAUUGAAACUAAUUUCUCCUGCAGGAGAUACCAAGUGUUUUAAGUAAUACUGGAGUGAACAAAAUGCCAUAGUUCAAUGGUACACACCUUCGUAAUGAAGUAUCUGAACUCCAUAAGUUCACAACAAAUCAUAACUUAUAAAAUGGUUUAGCAUCUAAUUCUUCUCCCAAUGGAAAAGUAAUGGCCACCAAAUAGUGUUGGUUUUAUGCUCUAAAUUCUGACGUUUUAUAUGUUUUGUUAUCUCUUGAGUAUUUCACUAAAACAGAAAUGAAUUUUUCUUUAAAUGGU